AUGACCUCCCCUCUUUCCAUUACAUCCAUACCGCCCGAGGUCCUAGGGGAAAUCUUCAUCCACGCCUCCCUCAAUGACGCCGACGCACCAAUCGCCAUUGGUUCCGUCUCGCGGACCUUUCAUCGGACCGUUCGGACGACACCUCCGGCAUGGACGAAUCUGAAGCUGAAGAUGCGGGAGUCCGACGACGAUGGGCGGUGCGUUCGAAAGGCAGAGCUCUGGUUCGCAAUGGCGGGCGCUUGUCUCGUCGAUCUCUCCGUGCAAAUGGAGAUGGAAAGCGUAAUGGAGGUUGCGCUUUCUCUGCACGCCAUCGGGACCACCUCUGGGUCGACCUCGACCACACCGCUCAAAGAGAAUCUCUCAGCAGGAUGGUUGGGUAGCUCAGUCGUCCUCCUUCCAGACGUCCUUCACAACUACGCACAAUGCAUACGGGCUUUCUCGUUGCACACCACCAACGUUGCGGAGGCCCAAGUCUUCCUGUCUGCAAUGUAUUCCAUGCCGUUGCUGCACGGCUCGAUCCCCUCCUAUCCGCUGCAAGAGCUCGAAUUACGCACCUCCUCGGAUGGCACUCGAUCGCCUAUGACGCCUCGCACACGCGGCCAAGCUACCUGCGUAACCCUUCCUCGACUGACGAACCUCGAACGGCUCAGCCUUGUCAAUCACCCAGUCCCUUUGACAUGUUUGGCAAAUGUGGAUAACGUCCGGAACUUGAGGCAGCUGAAGGUCGUCUGCCCACUUCGAUUUGCCCCUAUCCCCGUACGAUCGUUAAUGGGCGUAUUGAAGGCUGCACACGGCCUGGAGACAUUUGAAUUGGACGCAAGGCUGACUGAAGAAUUAAUACCGCCAACCCCGAGCCAAGGCACCACUUCCUUCCCUCCAACGCCUUCGACGCCGAGCUUUGCCAUCGCUCUCGGCACGCCAAUAUUAACGCCAACCUCAGCGACAUCUCCCGCUUGGGGGCACCCAUCCGACUCACACCACGAUCUUAUCACCCUCCCCUUCCUCGACUACCUCUCACUACGCGUCAAUAACCUCCCAGCCCUCCUCAACCAACUCCUCCUUCCAUCCUUGCGCACACUCAAAAUCGAAGACCUCGAUGGCAAUCGCGCCGGCGGCGGUCAAGAGAGCGGCUUAAUGCUCCGCCAGGUCUUUGUUCGCAUGGAGCUACCGUGCGAGUACAAGUUGAACGAAGAGGAUGAAGAUCACCAACACCACCCGCCAAGAUUCGUCCGCUCUUCAAGAGGGCUGGAAGUCCUCGAGAUGACGAGCGUUCCUGUGUGCACCGCUGUCGAAGGCCGAGGCAGCUCAAGUCGGUCAAGUAGCCGGGAUCGGGACGACGAGCGUCGUCCUCCCUCGGACGAGCGCGUCUGGGAGUGGUGUUUCAGACGCAUGCGAACCCUGCGCGAGCUCUGCAUCAGCAAGAUGGAUACCGGCGCAGUGCUUGGCCUUAUUACCCAAUCGUUGACGCCCCCGACGCCGGGCACCUCAAGUGAAGUAGGCCUCUCGGUGGCGGAGGAUGCGGUGUUGCCGCGUUUAGAGAAGGUCAAGAUCGGACACUGCACAUCUUUCGUAGGACCUGCGUCGAGAGGGAGAAACGCGAACCCGGAAGGUGCGCUGGUCAAAUUCCGCGUGAGGAGACCGGAGGUUGAGGUCGAGUGGAAUGUGGUUGAUAAUCUGCGGAUACGCAGUCGGCAGACGUCGGCCGCGCGUCCCGGUUACCUUGAGCUCUUGUAG